UAUUUUCUUUUUUUUUUUUUGUUGGCGCACGCACUUUGCAAGAAAACUACGCCCAACAACUCAUUGAAAAGCCCUCUUGGGCAUAUUGCCGAAUUUCACUCUUUCUUGAUCUCUGAGCAUAUAAUAUGUUUGUUUGUUUAUUGUUUUCAUUGCGAUUCCUUUUUGUAGUUGUUGUUGGGGGGGUAUUUUCUGUUUGAGGUGUAAGAUCGUGAUCGAGAAAUGCCCAUUCUUGAUUUGGAUUUGUAUUUCAUUUAUCGGGAUUAUCGAAGUUGGUGUAAUAUUGUUGAAAUUAGGAGAAUUUGCUGUUGUUGUUGUAAUCUGUUGUGAGAUUUUGUUAAUAGGGUUUGUGGGUUUGUUGUUGUUUGUUGAAAUAGAUUCUGAUUUAGGGUUUUCUUAGAAAAGGUUCGGGCUUUUGGUAAAAUAUCCGAUCUUUAUGUGAAUUAUUAUUAUAAGGGUUUCAUUGUCGUGAGCCUGUGAUUAACUGGCCUGUACUGAAGCUUUAUUUACCAUUUUAGUUUGUUUUGGGUUUCGAUUUUGUGCUUUUUUUAGUUGGUUAAUUUAACUUGAGUCUGUAGAGAUGUAUAUCGAGGAACUGAAAGAGGGAGAUUCUGAGAGUGGUGACCACCAAAUCUGUGGAGAUCUUUAUGAUAGCGGUGCUCUCGUUGUUUGGGACCCAAAAAGGGUUUUAGUUGGAGCCGGAGCUCGUGCCCUUUUCUACCCGACAUUGUUGUAUAAUGUCGUCAGGAAUAAAAUCCAGUCCGAGUUCCGAUGGUGGGAUAGGGUUGAUGAGUAUGUUUUGCUAGGAGCCGUUCCAUUUCCUACUGACGUGCCUCGCUUGAAGGUUCUUGGUGUUGGUGGGGUUGUUACCUUGAAUGAACCGUACGAGACUUUAGUUCCAACGUCAUUGUAUCAAGACCAUGGCAUUGAGCACUUGGUGAUUCCAACUCGUGACUAUCUUUUUGCUCCAUCACAUGAGGAUAUAUCCGAAGCUGUAAAGUUUAUCCAUGACAAUGCACUCUGUGGCAAAACUACAUACGUUCACUGUAAGGCUGGUCGAGGACGUAGCACUACAAUUGUUCUGUGUUACCUGGUUACACACAAGCAAAUGACUCCUGAAGCUGCAUACGAGCAUGUGAGGUCCAUUAGGCCGAGGGUUUUAUUGGCCUCUUCCCAGUGGCAGGCUGUUCAAGAUUAUUACCAUGGACUCAACAAACCCGAUAAUGCAGACAAUUCGCUCAUAAAAACUCUCGAUUUCCCCAAUGAAGUAGUUGAACAAGAUGAUUUUGAUGAUAAUUCAUUGGUGGUAAUUACCGAAUCAGACUUAGAUGGGUAUGAGGAAAAUAGCCAUGGCUCUAACAUAUCUAGUAAAAACAUGCUGCCUGAAGGGCGUUUUAAGCCUUUCAUUGUACAAUUGCCAAAGAAAGCGUUUGGAAUGCGGGACUCGAUUAUUGAGCAUUUAGUGUAUCUUGAUUUGCCGUUAAAAUUAGGGAGCUCGCAUAAGCAAAUUGUCUCACCAUUUGAAGGAUUAGGGCUUUGCGAGGUUGUGGGGGAAUUCCCUGUAGGCUUAUUAUUGGAAGUUCCGUUCGUUUGUAGGAUUUGGUUUUUUGGAGCUACCGAUGUUGUCCGAACUUCGGUUUUCUGUUUGUUCAUCAAUGGCCUUGAGAUAAACCUAGUCAUUUUGUUUCAGCUGGGAUUGUGGUGGGUUUUGGUUUCAGAAAAUUGCUGGGCUUCAUUCUUGCAGUCGUGGGUCAACUGGGAUCGGAGAGUGAGGAGGAAGUAUGCCAAGAAGGGUAGAGACAGAGAAAGCUACCCUGAGAUUGGUUCGGAAAAUGGCAGCUUGCUCGACUGGACUAGGUUGCCCGAUGACACAGUAAUUCAACUCUUUUCAUGUCUGAACUAUCGGGACCGUGCCAGCCUGUCGUCCACCUGUCGCACAUGGCAGGCCUUGAGUAAAUCUCCGUGCUUGUGGCGGGCCCUCGAUCUCCGGGCCCAUAAAUUUGACUCCUCGGCCGGCACUUCCCUCGCCUCCCGAUGCCAAAGCCUCAAUGAAAUCCGAUUUCGUGGGCCCGAAUCAGCCGAAGCCAUCAUCAAUCUUCGGGCCCGAAACUUGCAGGAGAUCAUAGGUGACAGCUGUCGGAGAAUGACUGAUGCAAUUCUGUCCAUGCUGGCGGCCCGGCACGAAGCCCUCGAGUGCCUCGUCAUCGGUCCCGAUUCUUGUGAUAAGAUCACAAGCGAAUCCAUAAGGACAGUCGCCAUUUGUUGCCCAAGGCUCCGAAAACUCCAACUCUCGGGCAUUCACGACGUGAAUGCUGGGGCAAUCGAUGCCUUAGCGAGUAACUGCCAUUGUUUGACUGAUAUCGGGUUCAUAGACUGCAAGAAAAUAGACGAAUAUGCCCUCGGGAGUGUUCGGUCAGUUAAACUCCUUUCGGUGGCAGGGACUACAAACCUGCAGUGGGACUUGGUCUUGCAGAACUGGACGAGUCUUCCGAACUUGAUUGGUUUGGAUGUUUCGAGAACGGAUAUUGAACCAUUGACUGUGACCCGUUUUUUCUCAUCCUCUGCCAGCUUAAAGGUUUUGUGCGCCUUGAAUUGCCCGUUGCUCGAGGAAGACUCGAGCUUUGCUUCGAACAAGAAUCUCAAGGGAAAAGUGCUGUUGGCUGUUUUCACAGAUAUUCUCAACGGAGUGGCUUCUCUGGUUGGUCAUAACAACCCGAAAAGUGGCGGGAAUUGUUUUCUGGACUGGAGAAAAUCUAAAAUCGGCGAUAAAAAGAUCGACGAGAUUAUGAGUUGGCUCGAGUGGAUGAUAUCCGGUGCUCUCCUUCGCGUUUCUAUGAAUAAUCCUUCUGGUUUGGAUAGUUUUUGGCUCAACCAAGGGACUACUUUGUUGCUUGGUUUCAUGCAGAGCCCAUUGGAAGAAGUUCAAGAGAGGGCAGCUACAGCUCUUGCGACUUUUGUAGUGAUUGAUGAUGAGAAUGCUAGUAUUGAUACAGGAAGGGCUGAGGCAGUUAUGAGAGAUGGUGGCAUAAGGCAUCUGCUAAAUCUUGCCCGGUCGUGGAGGGAGGGACUUCAGUCUGAGGCAGCUAAGGCAAUAGCGAACUUAUCAGUUAAUGCUAAUGUUGCCAAAGCUGUAGCAGCAGAAGGAGGCAUCAUCAUCCUUGUAAAUCUUGCGAGGUCUGUGAAUAGGUUAGUUGCUGAAGAGGCUGCCGGAGGACUUUGGAACCUCUCUGUUGGUGAAGAUCACAAGGGUGCUAUUGCAGUUGCUGGUGGAGUAAAAGCUUUGGUUGACCUUAUCUUUAAGUGGUCAAUGUCCAGUGGUGGUGAAGGAGUUUUAGAACGUGCUGCUGGGGCAUUGGCAAAUUUAGCUGCGGAUGAUAAAUGCAGCAUGGAAGUUGCUUCAGCCGGCGGUGUGCAUGCCUUAGUGAAGCUGGCUAAGAGUUGCAAAUUCGAGGGGGUGCAAGAGCAGUCAGCUCGAGCAUUGGCUAAUUUGGCUGCCCAUGGCGAUAGUAAUAACAAUAAUGCUACAGUUGGGCAAGAAGCAGGAGCACUCGAAGCCCUUGUGCAACUUACGCAUUCCCUUCAUGAUGGUGUCAGGCAAGAAGCUGCUGGUGCAUUGUGGAAUUUAUCCUUUGAUGACAGGAAUCGAGAAGCAAUUGCAGCAGCUGGUGGAGUUGAGGCUUUGGUUGCUCUAGCACAUUCCAGUGCGAAUUCAUCUCAUGGGCUUCAGGAGAGGGCUGCAGGUGCUCUCUGGGGAUUGUCUGUCUCGGAAGCAAAUAGCAUUGCAAUUGGGCAAGAAGGAGGCGUGGCACCACUAAUAGCACUGGCCAAAUCUGAUUCUGAGGAUGUUCACGAGACUGCAGCUGGGGCUCUUUGGAAUCUUGCUUUCAACCCGGGCAAUGCGCUUCGUAUUGUAGAAGAAGGAGGCGUGCCUGCAUUAGUUCAUCUUUGUUCUUCGUCUGUAUCGAAAAUGGCUCGUUUCAUGUCUGCAUUGGCACUUGCCUACAUGUUUGAUGGAAGAUGCAUUUGUGAUGACAUUUUCGGACCCUCAAGCGUUUGCCUCUGCAGCAGCAUCGUCAGCACCUGCACCGCUGGCACAAGUAACCGAGUCGGCUCGUAUUCAAGAAGCUGGCCAUCUCAGAUGCAGUUUACCAUCCCUGGAGGGCGGCAUACCGGGCUUCACGUUCAGCUCCUCCAGAAUUCGGGGGCCCCACGUGUGCUUCGUGCAUCGGCUGCGGCUGCUAGUGCUCCUAUUGAAGCCAAAAUCUUCGCUAGAAUUGUGCUUCGCAACAUGGAGCAACAUCAAAGGGCCGAAUUUUCCGUCUGAAAGGAACAGAAAAAAGAACAAAAAGGAAAAGAAUGUAAAAUGUUUUCAGUGUAUUUGUAUCAUCACAUGAGAACUCUGUCUGGUUAUGAAGUGGAUUUUGUCUAGACUGUUUUUGGUUUUUCAUAUUUUUAGUGCUGUACAAAAAUCACUUGAUGAAGAGUCUGCUUUUUAUUUUUUUUUUGAAGAAAUAAACCUUUUUACUUUAUGUGUGCCCUUUUUCUUUCAAUUUUCUUGUAAUGUUGACACAUAAUUUAGAUGUUUGCUGAGAUAGAUAACUAUGUGACAUAUUUUUAGGGAUAUUAUAUGUCUGUACUCUGUCAAGUAAUUGGCUCGGCUCGUUUGAUAAUCGAGAGCUCGUCUGCAGCUCAUUAGUUAACUAAGACA